GCGUCUCCGAAGCCGACUUUGAUGUAAUUUGAAAAGCGAAUGGGCCGUUAGUCGCGUGUUGCGCGCUUUUGCGGGAGCUUUAAAUCUAGCGGAAGUUGGGCAGCGCAAAGUUCUGUCUCGACGGACUUCUCGUCCGAGGUAUUAUGUGGCGAAAGUUCGUUUCCGUUUUUUCCAGUUUGGUUCUACUUUUGGGAUAGAUCGGCUUGGAUAUAUAUUUACACGCAUGGCGGAACUUAAGGCGUUAGGGGUGAUGAAACAUGUUUCCACACCCUGUCUACUCCUGGUCACCGUCAUAGCUUCAUCGGUUCUUGCCUCGAUUUGCCCAGAAAAACAGUACCUUAACGCGGAACUACAAGUAUGCACGAAUUGUUCCAACUGCACCCACGGUACGGUAGUGUUGAAACCGUGCGAGAUGCACAAAGACACUAUUUGCGGUCCGAUUAGUGCGCUGAGUGAAUUAUUCACUGGCAAUAGCGGAAAUCCGCACAGACACCACAACGACAGACAUCGACACCACGAGAAGCACCGGAAGGAAGAUAAGAAGAGGUAUGAAGAUGAGCUGAGGUCCCGUGCUGUAGCUUCGGUAGCUUUGGAAGUGUCCAGUUCCGAGGCUCCAUUUUCCAGUACUGAAACGCUGGUCUGGGAUUGGCAGGCUAUAGCGCUGACAUCAGCAGUGUUCGCUGUUAUCCUGUUUUUUCUCGUAGUGACCAUGUAUUCGUUACACCAGGCCAGGCAGUGGCGAAGAUUGAAGGAAAAUUUUGAAGCUGACGUAGAGGAACUGUCCGCUCGACUGUCGCUGAUGGCCGCCACCUCCACCGAAAAGUGCGAACUGCUGGACGGGCACCACGGCUUCGGCGGUACCACGCCGCCUGUCGAUUCCAGUUACCUCAGCAGCAGAUGUGUUUACUUGGAACAACUGCUCAGCGUUCGCCAAGAAGACGAGAAAAACAGGAUCAGUAAACCGAGGGGAAACGUUUACAUUGAAGAAAACAAACCAAAAAAAUAAAGAAAAACUUGGAGGAUCUUUAGGACCAAUAUAGGUUCAUAUCCAGACCACUGUUAGAUGUUUGUACUGCAGCUAUUUAGAAACAAAUGGAUGUAGGAUACAUGUUCCGGACCAUGGACAUAGUCAUCUCCCGCGCCCACGGCCAGUACCUCGAUUUAUUUUUGGAACUCAAUUUUCGACGUUUCGAAAAUUCUAUUGUUUUCGAAAAUAAAAAAUAAAUUGCGAAACGGCGACGAGAAUCGACGAAAUCAGUCGUCAAAACAUAUCAUUAUGUAAUAAGAGUUUCGUACUACUAGCCUAUUAAUAGCAUUUUUUGAUGCGCCUAUUUAUUUUGAAUCCUGUAAGGGCCUUCACAGACGCUCAGUUAUUUAGCACACUAUGCUGUGAAGGCCACUUUGUUCAAUUUAACUUGGGCAGUAGGCAGUAGUGCCGUACACAGGGUCGGACUGGCCAUAUAGUCAGGGUGGCGAUUGCCAGCCUUCUCGGGUCCCCUAUCUUAGAACCUACAAUUAAAAUAGUUCAUUAUUUAGUCUUAAAUACAAUGACAAAAUAAAUUGUAAUAAACGUGUUUUGCGUCUAAAAUGAUAUACUAGGAAUCACGUUGUAGCUUUAUUUCUAUCACAAGACGCCCAAAAUACUUAUAAAUGCUUUAUUUUAUACGAAAAUAGUUAGUGAUGGGAAAAAACGAUUAAUUUCAAUAAUCGAGUACUCGAGUUUCAAGCGAUUGCAAUAACCGAGUGAUCGUUCGAGCGAAAUAUCACUCGUAUUUAAAAAUACGGUUUUCCA